AUGCCCGAACACGCCGAGGUAGCACGCAUAGUGCAUUUUAUCCGCAAACACCUGGUCGGAAAAACCCUCUCCAAGGUUCAAGCUCAACACGAUGAUAUUGUGUACGGCAAGGUGGGCACCAGCGCCGAGGAAUUCCAAAAGUCGAUACAAGGCAAGAAGGUGGUGGGUGCUGGGCAACAAGGGAAAUACUUCUGGAUCGCCAUGUCGUCACCUCCACAUCCAGUGAUGCAUUUUGGCAUGGCGGGAUGGCUGAAAAUUAAGGAUGCCGAUACAUAUUACUAUCGUUCUGAUAAACCAGCAGACAAAGAAUGGCCGCCAAAAUAUGCGAAAUUUUUGCUCGAGACCAAUGAUGAGCCUAAAACUGAGGCCGCAUUUGUGGACGCUCGCAGGCUGAGUCGAAUUCGUCUGGUGGAUUGUCCUGCCGACGAAAUUCGCCAACAUACGCCUCUGAAGGAGAAUGGACCAGAUCCGGUGGCAGAUAAAGAUAUCGUCACCGAAGCUUGGCUGAUGGAGAAGCUGAGGAAGAAGCGGAUGCCAAUAAAAGCUCUGCUACUGGACCAAGCGAAUCUCAGUGGAAUUGGAAAUUGGAUGGCUGAUGAAAUUCUGUACCACGCCAAGAUUCAUCCGGAACAAAUAAGCAACACUUUAUCCGAUGAUCAAAUCAAAGAGCUCCAUACAGCUAUGCAUUACGUCUUUACAACCGCCGUCGAUGUUCUAGCGGACUCUGAAAAAUUCCCUGAGCAUUGGCUCUUUAAACAUCGAUGGGGUAAAGGAAAGAAAAACCAACCCUCUGCUCUUCCGAAUGGCGAUAAGAUCAUAUUUGUGACCGUCGGGGGCAGGACGAGUGCUGUCGUCCCCGCGGUGCAGAAGAAGAGCGGCACUGUGAUGAAAGAUGAGGAUACGAGCGACACCCCCAAACGAAAGCGUGUCAAGCAAGAAAGUGAUUCGGAGGCUGAAGCAAAACCUGCCAAGAGCCGGUCUACAAACAGCAAAGCAACGAUCAAGGAAGAAAUCGAGAUGAAAGUUGAUACCGGGAUCAAAAGACGCUCUACCCGGACACGCAAGUAA